AGAAUGACCGUUUUGGGUUCAUCAGACUUCAUGGAACCGGUCCAGUUCGCCGGCAGUGGGAUCCUAGACAGUGAUCAACAUCUGAAUCCCGAUUUCUACAACUGGAACAAAGUAUACGUGCGGUACUGCGAUGGGGCAUCCUUUUCGGGGGAUGCGGAAGGUCGGGCGCAGGAUGGAAGCAUACUUCACUUCAGAGGAUUGCGCAUCUAUGAAGCAGUCAUUGAUGAACUCAUGGAAAAAGGACUUGCCAAGGCUACACAGGCCCUCCUUACGGGUUGUUCUGCUGGUGGUCUAGCCACGUUGCUGCAUUGCGAUGAUUUUAGUGCAAGAUUUCCUAAGGAGGCUUCGGUUAAAUGCCUUGCUGAUGCUGGGUUUUUUCUUAAUGCAAAGGAUAUAUCCGGAGAAAGGUCCUUUCGGGCUAACUUUGACGGAGUUGUUCAACUCCAGAAUGUUAGAGAAGUGUUAUAUAAGGACUGCCUUGCCAACAAGGAUCCAACCGAGUGUUUCUACCCAGCUGAGCUUAUUAAGAGCAUCCACACAUCCGUGUUUAUUCUCAACUCUGCGUAUGAUCCAUCUCAGAUACGAAACAUUCUUGUACCGGGCUCAUCUGAUCCUGAUAAGUCAUGGUUGAGUUGCAAGGAUAACAUCAAAAAUUGCAAUUCCACACAAAUUCAAAUCCUUCAUGGAUUCAGGAAUGAAAUGGUCAAUGACUUGAAGGUCGUCCAAGAGAAGGAGGAUUGGGGCAUGUUUAUCAAUUCAUGCUUCACUCACUGCCAAGCGCUUUAUGGCAUCUCUUGGAAUUCACCAAUCUCCCCGAAGCUUGGAAAUAAGACCAUUGCAAAGGCGGUUGGAGAUUGGUACUUUGGAAGAAGGCAAGGAGUGAAAUAUAUUGACUGCGAGUACCCAUGCAACCCAACUUGCAGCAGUCUAUUGCCUACACCUCCAUGAUUCAUUACUACAUGGGACCACCUCGAGAUUUACUAUGUAAAGAUUCAAGGAUGAAGGAA